AUGUCUCAGACCACCCAGCCGGUUCAUGGCAACUACCAUGGGUACUACAUGAAGCGACCAUUCUUUCAGGACCCACGGCUGUCAGUUAUACCUGACUCUUAUUUCAUCGGUGCACGCGUCCUGGACGUAGGGUGUAACGAGGGCUGGGUGACUUGCGAGAUCGCGCAGUCAAAGGGAGCAGGCAAGGCCGUCGGCGUGGACAUCGAUGACACGCUGGUUCGUGCGGCCUGGAAGCGGCGGCGCUACGUCUGGAGCAUGCAAGAACCCCAACAGACUAUGGACGGCGAACGCGACGCGCCUGCGGGGCCUAAGAAACGCAAGAGGACUAGCGAAGGCACAGACCCAAGUGCAACAAUGGAGCCACAGCUUUCGCGACCGGACUACUUCCCCGCAUCGUGUGAGCACAUGUUCGGUCCCCUCCCAAUCCCACCCGCAAGCCAUGGCAAGCAGCAGGAGACGUUCCCGCAUAAUGUGACCUUCCGCACGGCGGAUUGGGUCAAUCAGGAGAUCCUUGAAGACUCUGAAGGGUAUAACAUUGUGCUAGCCCUCUCGGUAUCAAAGUGGAUCCAUCUCAAUGGCGGAGACGAGGGCCUCACACGCUUCUUCCGACGCGUGCACUCAGUCCUGAGAUUAGGUGGUAGAUUCAUACUGGAGCCGCAAGAAUGGGAGAGCUAUGCGAAGGCGCGGCGCAUGGAUCCUAGACUCAAGGAAAAUGCACACGGUCUCAAAUUGCGGCCCGAACACUUCGAAAGCACUCUACAAGACAUAGGAUUCGGUGGCGUCGAGCAUCUAGGCCAAACUGGUGAAGGAGGUAGGUGCUCGAGACAUCCUGGCCGGAAGCGGCCCCCCAGGCUGAAGAGUUGUCAGGAUUUCGACGACCAGUCGAUGUAUAUAUGA